AUGAGUGAAGCGGAAUUAUUGGACGAGAUCCCACCAAAUGGGAAGGUUCUUCCUUCUCACAUUGCGAGAAAAAUGAAGCGUACCAAUGCGCUUCAGCUGAUACGUCGGAAUCCAGAUGAGAUUGCCAAGAUGCACCCUGCACUACUGAUAAGUAUGCGAACCAUUGGUUUGACAAUCACAGAGAGACGUGCCCUUUAUGAGCACCUACGGCCUAUCGGACCAAUCUUUGAAACCUUCAAGGGAAAAGGAAAGGCUUCAGAAAAAUACAAGUGGUACUCGAUGAUGAAGGACAAUUUCAAAGAGAAACUUUUGAUGUACAAAAGCCACCUGAACCAGUAUGGUUCUCCUGAUAACCACCACUGCCCAUUGGUUGGACGUCAAUGUCCAGUCAACCACGACCGAGAAUUCGAUUACAGCGGGAAUUAUGGCUGGACUGACCAACCGGUGUAUGCUGCACUCAAGGCUGUGGGUGCACCCGACAAGUAUGAUCCAGUCGAGGUUAUCAAAGUUGCCGAAUUUCAAUCCGCCCAAAAGGCCAUGAAACGCGAUCAUGCUCUCAAAGAGCACUACCGUGGCAAACUGUUGGAGGUCAACAAAGCAAAAAGUAGUUGUAAUACGAUGGAGGCAAUCAUGAUAAAAAUGGAACUGGGGAUGGAAAAAUGGAUGGAAGACAGGAUGAACAUCGAAAUGAGGAGGUUGUUGCUGUCACAUGAUAUGAAAAUCAAGGAAGCUGCAUCGUUCAAUGAAGUAUUGACCGAGUGCAAGCUGGGGACCAUGGGAAUGUGCAGCCGAGCAGGCAUGCAAGUCUCUGGAAAGAAGACUCAAGCAUCAUUCAAUGAUCCACGCAGUGCACUCGAGUGCUUUCUAUCCGACGAGGUCAAAGAAACCUUUGAUGUUUUUACAAAAUUUGUAUUGUCAAGAAUGGACCACAUUACGAUUGGUGACGAAAAGAUUCGCGGCAUGAUUUUGGCCCUGUCUGGUUUGCUCUCCGAGUUGAAGGAGCGGAAUACAAAAACUGUGGUAGCCCUUGGUGCUUCAAAGGGUGAUCGCUCUAGAGUAUUGAAAACGGAAGAAGUCAUUAUGAAAGAAUUGAAAGAGAAGAAACGAACAGCCGAAGUGGCAAUCAUCGUCCGAUCGAUCAAGCGAGAAGCGAAGCGGAAGUCAAAACUUCGAGGUGAGACUCGCGAGUUCCUAUUUACGCUCCACAAGUACUUGGAUUGUCGCCGGCAAAUGGAUGCAAAGUAUCUCGAAGUGGAUGAAUUCCAAAUGAUUGCCGCAUUUCCAGUCGAUGUGGAUACGCCAACGAUGUUUGCUGUCAAAGACCAACAGCAAUCUGUCGACGGCAUGCCAGUUCAAACUCUAGAUGAUUUAUACAAGGCUGCAAAAGUGGCUGCUCCGAUCUUCCACGAUUUCAUUGACGGGAUUAUUGAAAUGUUGUGCGACCGCUUUAGACACCAACGGGAGGGGAUAAGCUUUGUGAAAGCAGGUUUAAAGUCGAGGAAGAGAUCAAAUGAUAAGGCAGCGAAUGAUUAUGGAGAUAGAGAACCAGGUCCUGGGAUCUCCUGGCUCUACGAUAUCAUUCGAGGUAGUAUCGAAUUUGGAUCAGCAACGCAGGUUAUUCAGUUUGUGGAUUUGAUGAUGAAAGAGGAGUCCAUUCGCGUCGUCAAGGCAAAGAAUCGUUUCAGGAAUCCAAGCCUGACAGGCUACCGCGAUGUGAAUAUUCAGUUUCAGCUGAAUACCAUGCAAGGCUUCUUUCACAUAUGCGAGAUCCAGCUCCAUCAUUCCGAGAUCUACAAAUUGGAUAAGGUUCUAAUGUCUCAUGAUUAUUACGAGUACUUCCGCACCUACUUCGCUGGUGCAACACAUAGUCUCAAGGAUAGACUGGAUGAUUUGAAACUUAUUAUCAGCCAGGGUGGUGAUUUGGAUGAGUAUCUGCUGAAUGAGCUACUGGAACGAAACAAGAAUGAACGACGAUUGGAGCGGCUUGGUGCAUUGUUUGAAUUAUCGUUGUGUGAAUAUCACUUCGCACUCGGUGUGUAUGGCAAGCUCUUUGAAAUCAGAGUACAGAAGCAUGGUCCGAGACAUCCACUUGUGGCAAAGGCGUAUACGAAUAUGGCAAACGUGCUGGAGAAGCAAGGGAAACUCGACGAAGCCAUGGAGUUGCACAAAGCUUCGCAGGAAGUUAACAAGAGAACUCACGGGGGGAAGCACGAAUCAGUUGCAAACACAUACGAACAUAUGGCAAUGAUUCUGAAGGAACAACUCGAGUAUGCACAUGCCAUCAAGUAUUUUGAAAUGGCGCUUGAAAUCAACAAAGAGAUCCACGGUGAGAAGAAUUCAUUAGUCGCCAAUACACUCAACAACAUUGCCGUUGUCUACCAAGAGCAAGGAAAUCUCGACAAGGCCUUGGUACUUUACCAGGAAUCGCUUGCAUUAACAGAAAACUUCUUGUUGAUACGCAUCGGACAGUCGCAGCAACCUACAGCAACAUGGCGCUAA